GAUGCAUCAAAGAUUUGGGAGUAAAAAAGUAAACAUCUGAGAAAGUGCAGAGAGAUGGAGAAUUGGUGUAGCUUCUAUGGUGGCUAAGUAUUGCAGACAGAGUAGCUGAGAUUGAAAAAGAAAAAAGCAGAGUGAGUUGUUGGAACAGAACAGGGGAAGUGUUUCAAAACAGAGAGAGAGAGAGAUGGUGGGCUCAGGAGGAGGAGAUAGGAGGAAAGAAGCAGUGGGAAUGAUGGCCCUUCAUGAGGCCCUCAGAACCCUCUGUCUCAACUCUGAGUGGACUUACUCUGUUUUCUGGACAAUUCGUCCUCGCCCGAGACUCAGAGGAGGUAAUGCCUGCAAGCUUGCAGUUGGAGAUGAUAACGGUUCCUUGAUGUUGAUGUGGGAAGAUGGGUUUUGCCGAGGAAGGGACUCAGUGGAAGAUGGAGAGGAUCCUGUCAGAAAAGCUUUCAGCAAAAUGUCUAUUCAGUUGUAUAAUUAUGGAGAAGGGUUGAUGGGGAAAGUUGCAUCUGAUAAGUGCCACAAGUGGGUCUUUAAAGAGCCCACAGAAUGUGAACCCAAUAUCUCCAACUACUGGCAGAGCUCUUUUGAUGCUCUUCCUCCUGAAUGGACAGACCAGUUUGAGUCAGGUAUUCAGACCAUAGCUGUGAUUCAAGCUGGACAUGGUCUUCUCCAACUUGGUUCUUGCAAGAUUAUUCCUGAAGACCUCCAUUUUGUGCUAAGAAUGAGACACACUUUUGAAUCCCUGGGAUACCAAUCUGGUUUCUACCUCUCACAACUAUUCUCUUCAACAAGGAACACUUCCUCUUCUACUUCCGUUCCUUCAAAACCAUCCACCAUUCCAAUUAGGCCACCUCCUCCACUCUUCAACUGGGGUCAAAGGUCACUCACUUCUUCUACUUCCAUGCUAUCCUCGCCCAAUUUUCAACAACAUGCAGCUAGGCAUGGUUUUCCACAAGCCAAAGAUGAGACACACAUGUUUCUAAUGCCUCAUGCAUCAUCAGAAACAGCAAGAAUUGAAGACAUGGUGGGGGAACAUGAAAAUGACAUAAAGUGGCCUAAUGGGUUGUCUUUCUUCAAUGCACUCACUGGAAGAACAGAAGAUGCUAAUAAGCUUUUGUUCAAUCCAGAGAGCAAACAUGGUGAUCAGAAUCAACACCGCCCUCUUACUCAAAAUCCCAAUUCAGAUGCCUCCAACAUGCAAAAUGUUAGUGGAACCAACCCAAAUGAGUUCUUGAGCUUGGAUAGCCACCAAGAAGAUGCAAGGAAAGUGGACAAGUUUAAGAGGAGCUUCACUCUACCUGCAAGAGUGGCUUCAUCUUCUUCAUCCACUUCAAUGGAUCACCAUCAACAACAAGGUGUGGAGUAUAGGAAUUCCGAAGGAGGUAUGUACCCGGAUGUCAUGGAAACCUUUUUGGAGUGAAUGGGGGGGAAGAAAAAGAGUUUUAGUAUUGAGGGGAAAAAAUGAAAGAUGAGAAUUUGUAUCUAGGAAAAGCUAGUUGUGUUUCUUUUUCAUGUGUUUGCUUUUCACUUUGUAUCUUGUGUUUCUUCUGUCUUCCACUUAAUGAGACUUGAUUAGU